AUGGCUACCCUUGACAACGCUUCCCCGACAUCGACGGCAACACCCUCCCACACAAUCAAAAUCAAAAUCGGCGACCGGGCCGCUUGGAUCAAGGCACUCAACGCGCAACGGCCGGUUCUCAUCCACCUCAACGCCGACACGUCGUGGCUCAUCCAACUGCCGUAUCCGCCGUUGACCUCUGCGCCCCCGGGCCGGAAGCGCUUCAACGUCCUCCUCGACCCGUGGCUGCAGGGCUCGCAGACCGACGUCGCCUCAUGGUUCUCGACGCAAUGGCAUGUCGUCGAGCCCAGCGUGAAGACGAUGGACCAGCUCAACGCACUGCUCGCCGGUCUCGAGGUUGGUUCGGGCGAACCGAGAGUCACGGACAAGUCGUAUAUUGACGCCGUCGUCAUAUCACACGAGUUCACCGACCACUGCCACCAAGCGACCCUGGAAGAGCUCCCCGCGUCGACGCCAGUGUACGCCACGGACAAGGCCGCGAAACUAAUCCGCUCGUGGAAGCACUUCGACUCAGUGGCGACAAUCCCCGAUUUUCUGUCGUCGAGAAAGGACUGGAAAGACGAUUCAAGUUCUUCGCGGCUGCCCCAUUGGGUCGGCAUCGAGCGCGUCACCUCACCCGGGAACGCCAUGAACUUCCACUCCGCCGUCAUGAUCGCCUUCGACCUCGGCAAGACGGAGGCGAUACUGUACUCGCCCCACGGCAUCCGGGCCGCUGACCUGGCCUGCGUCCGCGACUCCGGCUUCUCGACCCUGGCGCUCCUGCACGGCCUCCACGACGUGCGCAUCUGGAUGACGAAGCAGCUGAACCUCGGGGCCGCCAACGGGGUCCGGGCUGUCGGCGAGACUGGGGCCAAGUACUGGGUCGCGACGCAUGACGAGGCGAAAAGGGGCGCCGGUCUUAUCGCCCCCUUGCUCCUGCGCAAAGACACGCUGAAAGAGGCCGUGGAGGCCGAGACGAAACGGGCGGCGGGCAAGGUCCCGGAGUAUCACUUUGUCGAGCUGGGAUCCGGCGACGGCCUGCUUUUGGAAUAG